CACAGGCACCACAAAAGGCGCAGUGUGCAGCUGUACGUGCAGCAGCAGUUGUCGUUGGUUAUAUAAACCCCUCACCUGCACCAGGAGCUUUGUCAGUCGCGUCUCAACCCACUGAAGACAGCCAAGAUGAAAGUCAAGGACAUGACGUUCAAGGAGGGGCACGAGUUCAAGAUCCGCUUCAAACCCAAGGACGACUGCGUCAGCUUCUCCAUCAACAUCGGUCACGACUCCGAAAACAUCGCACUGCACUUCAAUCCCCGUUUUGACUACGGCAGCGACCAGAACGUCAUCGUCUUCAACGCCAUGUCCGGAGGCAGCUGGGGUGAGGAGCAGCGCGAUGGAAACUUCCCCUUCGCACGUGGAGAGGAAUCCAAGAUUUACCUCAACUUCAACCAUGAGCAGUUUUACAUCAAGCUUCCCGACGGCUCCAUGACCAACUUCCCCAACCGCCUGGGAGACGUCAAGUACAAGUACUUUGAAAUCAGCGGCGACGCCAGGAUCGUCGGCAUCAAGAUCAAGUAGAGAUCAGCCUCGUCUCGACCUGUGACUCCUGACCUGUCCUCCGCACUCUGGUUGAAAUACUCUGUUUUACCUUACUGUGCCCAUUCAUCUUGUUGAGUCAUAUGGAAAUAAAGCAGUAGAAAGUUACACCAACAUGGAGAGAAGAUGUUGUAAUGAGAGGAAAUGGCCUGAAGAUGGAGCCACAUCUUAAUGAACUGUCUGACAUCUACUCAGUCUCUUAUAGAGUAAAAGCUGUGAAAAAAGAAA